AUGAGUGUGGAGGCGUACGGGCCAAGCUCCCAAACCCUCACCUUCCUGGACACCGAGGAAGCAGAGCUGCUCGGAGCGGACACACAGGGCUCCGAGUAUGAAUUCACCGACUUCACCCUGCCGAGCCAGACGCAAACCCAAGGCCAAACUCAGAGCCAACUGGACGGCCAGGUGAACGGUCCUGAUGAGGGGCUUCAUAAUGGAGGAGUAGACGACUCCGUGGCCAAGGCCAGCCAGCUGCUCGCCGAGCUCAACUUUGAGGAAGAUGAAGAGGACACAUAUUACACCAAAGACCUGCCUCUCCACGCCUGCAGCUAUUGUGGUAUCCACGACCCGGCAUGUGUGGUGUACUGCAACACCAGCAAGAAGUGGUUCUGCAAUGGACGUGGCAACACAUCUGGCAGCCACAUUGUGAACCACUUGGUGAGGGCCAAAUGCAAAGAGGUGACACUGCACAAAGAUGGGCCACUGGGUGAGACCGUGCUGGAGUGUUACAACUGUGGCUGUCGCAAUGUCUUCCUCUUGGGCUUUAUUCCAGCCAAGGCUGACUCGGUGGUGGUGUUGCUCUGCAGGCAGCCAUGUGCCAGCCAGAGCAGCCUGAAGGACAUCAACUGGGACAGCUCCCAGUGGCAGCCGCUCAUCCAGGACCGCUGCUUCCUGUCCUGGCUGGUGAAGAUCCCGUCAGAGCAGGAGCAGCUACGGGCCCGCCAGAUCACCGCCCAGCAGAUCAACAAACUCGAGGAGCUCUGGAAGGACAACCCCAGUGCCACCCUGGAGGACCUGGAGAAACCCGGUGUGGACGAGGAGCCGCAGCACGUGCUGCUGCGCUAUGAGGAUGCCUACCAGUACCAGAAUAUCUUCGGCCCACUGGUCAAACUGGAGGCAGACUACGACAAGAAGCUUAAAGAGUCCCAGACCCAAGAUAAUAUAACGGUCAGGUGGGACCUGGGGCUGAAUAAAAAGCGGAUUGCUUAUUUCACACUGCCCAAGACGGACUCAGGUGACAUGCGACUGAUGCAGGGUGAUGAGAUCUGUCUUCGCUAUAAGGGAGACCUGGCCCCACUGUGGAAAGGCAUCGGCCAUGUCAUCAAAGUCCCUGACAACUAUGGAGAUGAGAUUGCCAUUGAGUUGCGGAGCAGUGUCGGAGCACCUGUGGAGAUCCCACACAACUUCCAGGUGGAUUUUGUGUGGAAGUCCACUUCCUUUGACAGGAUGCAGAGUGCCCUGAAGACUUUUGCAGUGGAUGAGACCUCAGUCUCUGGCUACAUCUACCACAAACUGCUGGGCCAUGAGGUAGAAGACGUCAUCAUCAAGUGCCAGCUGCCUAAGCGCUUCACUGCCCAGGGCCUGCCCGACCUCAACCACUCUCAGGUUUAUGCUGUAAAGACUGUGCUGCAGAGGCCUCUCAGCCUGAUCCAGGGUCCUCCUGGCACCGGGAAGACUGUCACCUCUGCCACCAUUGUCUACCACCUUGCCCGUCAGGGCAACGGACCAGUUCUGGUGUGUGCUCCCAGUAACAUUGCUGUGGACCAGCUGACUGAGAAGAUCCAUCAGACUGGGCUGAAAGUGGUCAGGCUUUGUGCCAAGAGCAGGGAGGCUAUUGACUCUCCUGUCUCUUUUCUGGCCCUGCACAACCAGAUCAGCAACAUGGACAGUAUGCCAGAGCUCCAGAAAUUGCAGCAGCUGAAGGAUGAGACGGGCGAGCUGUCAUCAGCUGAUGAGAAACGUUACCGGGCAUUAAAACGCACCGCAGAGCGGGAGCUGCUCAUGAACGCUGAUGUGAUCUGCUGCACCUGUGUCGGGGCCGGUGACCCCCGUCUAGCCAAGAUGCAGUUCCGCUCCAUCCUGAUUGACGAGAGCACGCAGGCCACCGAGCCAGAGUGUAUGGUGCCUGUGGUGCUGGGAGCCAAGCAGCUUAUUCUGGUGGGUGACCACUGCCAGUUGGGGCCAGUGGUUAUGUGUAAGAAAGCGGCCAAGGCAGGUCUGUCCCAGUCACUGUUCGAGCGCUUGGUCGUCCUGGGUAUCCGUCCCAUCCGCCUGCAGGUCCAGUACCGCAUGCACCCGGCCCUCAGCGCCUUCCCCUCCAACAUCUUCUACGAGGGCUCCCUGCAGAACGGUGUCACUGCAGCUGACCGCAUCAAGAAGGGCUUUGACUUCCAGUGGCCCCAGCCAGACAAGCCCAUGUUCUUCUAUGUGACUCAGGGCCAAGAGGAGAUCGCCAGCUCUGGAACCUCCUACCUCAACAGGACGGAGGCAGCCAAUGUGGAGAAGAUCACCACCAGGCUGCUGAAGGCAGGAGCCAAGCCCAAUCAGAUCGGCAUCAUCACACCCUAUGAAGGUCAACGCUCCUAUCUGGUCCAGUACAUGCAGUUCAGCGGCUCCUUGCACACCAAACUCUACCAGGAGGUGGAGAUUGCCAGCGUAGACGCCUUCCAGGGCAGAGAGAAAGACUUCAUCAUCCUGUCUUGUGUUCGCGCCAAUGAGCACCAGGGCAUUGGCUUCCUAAAUGACCCCCGGCGUCUCAAUGUGGCACUGACCAGAGCCAAGUAUGGUGUGAUCAUUGUGGGGAACCCCAAGGCCUUGUCCAAGCAGCCACUGUGGAACCACUUGCUGAACUACUACAAGGAGCAGAAGGUCCUGGUGGAGGGACCGCUCAACAACCUGAGGGAGAGCCUCAUGCAGUUCAGCAAGCCCCGAAAGCUGGUCAACACCAUCAACCCUGGGGGACGUUUCAUGAGCACCGCAAUGUACGAUGCCCGUGAGGCCCUCAUCCCUGGUUCAGCCUACGAUCGCAGCAAUGCCGCUGGACGUCCAUCGAACUUGUAUUUCCAGACUCAUGACCAGAUUGGGAUGAUUGGAGCAGGGCCAGGACACAUGGCUGCAAUGAACAUCCCCAUACCCUUCAACCUGGUGAUGCCACCGAUGCCUCCACCCAGCUACCUGGGCCAGACUAAUGGCCCUGCUACAGGCCGUGGAGGUAUGAAGGGCAAACCUGGGCGUGGCGGGCGUCAGAGGACCCGCGGCACUGGCAACCAGGGUGCUAAUCAGGGCAACGAUCCCAGCAGUCAGGCUAGCCAGGACGGAGCCUCCCAGCCUUUCUCCCAGGGGCCGCUCACACAGGGCUACAUCUCCAUGAGCCAGCCUUCUCAGAUGAGCCAGCCCGGCCUCUCCCAGCCUGAGCUGUCCCAGGACAGCUACCUGGGUGACGAGUUCAAGUCCCAGAUUGAUGUGGCUUUGUCCCAGGAUUCAACUUACCAGGGCGAACGUGCAUACCAGCAUGGAGGGGUGACUGGCCUGUCACAGUACUAGAGUGUUGCUGGAAGAAGGGAGCUAGGCUUGAGCUGAGCUUAGUUCAUCAGCAUUUUAAUCUGGGUAAUGAUAAAAACAUAAAAUGGAUACCUGUUUUCCUCUGCUACAACCGAAGCACCACCGAGUGAAAGCGACGGGAGAGCGAAACCAAACCAAUCACGAGCGAGAGAGAAAAAUGAGAGGGUAGAAGAGAGUACAAACAGAUGGGCAGGGAGAUGGCGAGAGGCCGAGCGAACAAGCGAGAGGGACCGCUGCCCGUACGAAGUGACGAAGGAAGUCAAGAAAACGGCGGCGUGUGGUCGAGCUGCCAAGUGAAAGACGGGAGACCUCAAUGGUCUCUUGUGGGAAACCAAGCAAGGCUCUACUCCCCCCAAAAAAUAGUCCCACCAGUCCCCUCCAACCCACUUCCUCAGGCCCCAUCCCUGUCAACAGCCUCUAGGGAAACUGUCUUAACAAGAACAUCAGUUUCGAGGCACAGGGAGCAGAGAAAGCUCUCAAAAUGAAUUCAAAGAACUUGUUCCACAAGCUUGUUGGAGGCAUGCAUAAGGAAAGCUGUCAAGCGACAUAUCUGGUGUCAUGAUGACAGAAAAUCCUCAUUGUAGGAGUUGGUGGGUUCCUCAACCUGUAUUGAUGCCCAGGAUUCAUUUCAAUUUGGUUCAUCGUGGGAGGAGAGCGACAACAACGUCUGGACCCAAUGUCAGCAGCCUCUGAAGGGAGCAGCAGUCGACACACCUCCCCGUCAUUGUUAUCUCUUGAGUUGGAGGAAAUAAAAACAUGGUUUCUGCGCCUAGGUCUGAUAUUAAAGAGCUUUGAAUUGAAAUGCCUUUCGUUUGCCUUGGGAACCACUGGCUCAUUCAACAGGUCUUUAAUGGGAAACUGGUGGCUUUGACCACACGACAAUGGUGGAGUGGCACGGGGAUUUCAGACGAACGUUUCUCAAGGCAUGACGUGCGGAUCCUAAUCUGCCAUCAUCAUGGGACAAUUUUUUUCUCCUAAGUACCUUUCUUAUUGCAGAGCACAAAAAAGCAAAAAAUUAUCUAUCAGACACGACCAGCAUUGAAUAUUCAACUCAAUGUCAUUUGAUGUUUCAGCAAAGGCUUUUUCCUUAUUUUAAUCUUUUGAAAACAGGGGUCAGUGACCAAUGUCCCACUGUGGUUGAUGGCCAGAUGUCUUUUUUAAAUGCUUUGUAUGCUUAGAUUGGCAAAUGCUUGAAAGGAAGGCUUUUACGUUGGGUAAUUAUAUAGUGGACUGUGGAGCUUGUCCACGUUGUCACACAAAUCCCUGUUUCAGAUGAAGGAAACCAAACAGGAGAGAGAAAAGUAAGGAAAUGGACGAAAGAAGCGUAUAGCUUACAGGAGGCUGGGUCUAACAAUCCACCACAGGUAAGCAGUAGAAAAGGAAGGUGGCUGAGGAAGAAAGGAUAUGAGUUUCUAUUCAUCUGGAAAAUGACUUGGGGGUCAUUUCCAGGUGUUCCAAGUUUUAAAAUUAGAAAACACCACAGAAAAAGGGGUGGGAUCUGUUUUGUUCCAAUACACAAUUCAGCAUUGUAUGUAGUUGUGAACCUGCUGUCAUUUCACACACUGCUAACAUUUUGAUUUUGUGAGUGAUAAUCAGUUAAGCAAAGUGUCUUGGUUGAGCCAUAUUGCCCAGUCAGACUAAGCAUACAUCACACUGAGCAGUGACCAAAAUCCUCAAAUCAGGGUCAUGGAUAUUAAAGACAUUUAAAAAGUGAAGUAUGUAGGAACCCUGAAUAAGCAGGAACUUUCAAAUACGUCCCUUUAUUUGAAAACCACCAGAAUCUGAAAGGAUCCCUUGUGGUUCCAUUGUGGAGUCAGACACCCUUAGGGAGUGCAUUUGCACAUAAAUUUUUUUGCUGACAGUUUACUAUAUCCCAGUUACAGUGAAAAUGCCAUCAGCAUUGCUUGAGUGAUGGCAAGAGAUGAAUGAAUACCUGAAUCAGUGCCUCUAACCACCCACCUUCAGAUAAACAGGUGCAGCACAAGCAUGAAUGUAGGUGAAACCAAACUAUACCAGCACAUACAAGCCUCCUAGAUACCAGAGGGCUCAAGGAACCCAUUGAAGAGGACUUAUUUUAUUACCUUUUUAUAGAAAAUCAGCCUGGUAAUGAAGUCAGUCAGUAUAGCCAUUGGGUAUGGUUUCUCAAAGGAUGGACUAUGAGAUGAGCCACCUUCCUUCUCUGAGGAGUGAACUUCAAAUCCAGGAUGGUGGAAUUGCAUUUCCUUUUGUGGAUUUUUGAUUUGUGUGUGGGGAAGGGGAGGGGAGGGGAGUUGCCUGUAUUAUGUAAUCCUGUGUAGAGUUUCUGUUAUUUCUGUGCAUCCAAAAACCCCUUCCUUGAGAAUUGUAACUUAGGUGAUUUAAACAAACCCCUUUAGUUGCUCUGAAUUUUUCUGUCAGUUUGCUUUGUGUCAUGUUGUUUAGGUGGGUAUUAUAAAGCCAAGCUGUGUAGGUUUACUUAAUAAAUUUGCUUUUGUAGCAACUUGGUGACAAUGGAAACAAUGGGGAAUCCAUUUCCUUUCACCACUUCUGAGUUUGUAUCUAUCCUCAAAAGGUUGAUGGAUUGUAGUUUUGUAACAAGGAGUCAGUCUUGUAUCUAUUCAGGAAUGAUGUUUUCUGAACACAUUAAGAAUGUACUCCGCUAUUGUUUCACCUUCUCUUCUAGUUUAGUUUUCAGAGCUAGCUGAUCACUUGCUUCUCCCUUCAACACGUGUGACAAUCAUUGUCAAGUAGAUCUUGUCACAUUCAAUCAACUUGUUUAGAAAAAGUUCUGUUUCAUUGACAUUGUUAAUCUGUUAUCUCACCUGUGCAGUGGAUUAGUUUCACAUAACCCAUUCUACCGAAAUCCUAAUCUUAUAGCUUUAAAAAAAAAUUGCUGCAGAAACAUUUGCUUUGGCAGUUUUUACAUCUGAGCCAGUAUGACCACAAUGAAUUUAGAACAUAAUGCAGUGAUCAUUUGUUCACAACUGAUUCAGUUCUGCAUCCAACUCUUCAUUCUCCAGGUCAAAUGGCAGAGCUUAAAAUUCAUGGACUAGACAUCUCAGUGUGAUGUAAAUACCUGUUUGGAAUGAUGAGUCUUAUUUGCAGUGAAGCUUAAUCACAACAUUGUGAUUCCAUUGUAAAACUGAAUCCAUUAAUAAAGGUUGAUUGUAAAAUAAAGCAAA